AAAGUCAAUCUCAUCAUCACAGUUGUCGACUACGACAGGAUCGGCACCUCCGAGCCGAUCGGUCGCGUUGUGUUGGGCUGUAACGCGAGCGGUGCCUCACUUCGCCAUUGGUCAGAUAUGCUGGCCAAUCCUAGACGUCCGAUCGCACAAUGGCACACCUUGCAAGAGAUGCCCGAGAAGAAUUGAGCAAUUUAUUGUCCGGUGGGGUCUGGUGAACGUCUUUUAUAAGCCUCUCUGGCACACGAGCCCUGUUGACAUCAUUUAA